AUGUUGAACCUCACGAAAUUGGAGUUCACGGCUCUUGACAUCACCGGAAAGGAUUACCUAUCAUGGAUUCUAGGUGCUGAAAUUCAUCUUGCCGCCAAUGAUCUUGGAAAUACUAUCAAAGAUGAAAACACCACAUCCGACCAAGAUAAGGCAAAAGCAAUGAUUUUCCUUCGUCGUCAUCUUCGCGAAGGUUUAAAAAUUAAGUAUCUCGCAGCGAAAUAUCCAUUGGUCCUAUGGAACAAUCUAAAAGAAAUAUAUGAUCAUUUGAAAACAAUCAUUCUUCCUAAAGCUCAAUUUGAAUGGCUUCAUUUACGCCUUCAAGAUUUUAAAUCGGUGAGUGAAUAUAAUUCAGCGUUAUUUCGGAUUACUUCUAAACUCAAACUAUGUGGAGAAAUUAUUUCUAAUGAUGAUAUGUUAGAGAAAAUAUUCUCCACUUUCCAUGCAUCGAAUGUGUUCUUGCAGCAGCAAUAUCGUGCAAAAGAGUUUGAGAAGUAUUCUGAAUUGAUGUCUAUUAUUGGCCGAACAGAAUAA